AUGUCCCCUCCUCGCUCCCUCCCCUCUGCCGUCCCAGUCCCCCUUCCCCUCUCAACACCUACCAAAACACCGCGCACCUCGCUCUCCCCUCCUGAGGCCGGGACGGGCAGCCGUUCGCGCGAGGGCCGCACGCCCCCUCCUGCGCCUAGCGCGGCGUACGCCCGGCGCGCGCGCGAGAUUAUGGAGGGUGAAGGAGUUGUUCUGCCCGUCGUAUCUGUAGCUGAUCUGGGCGGGGAGGUCGUUGCGCCCGGAGAGGCGGAGGGGGUUGAGCAAGGAGUCGGGUUUGGGGGUUAUCGACGUGCACGGGCUGGUACCAUGCCCUCGGUCAAGCUACACGAAAGCGACGGUUCCACCUCCCUUACUCCGACCACUCCAGAGGGGUUCAUACGCACCUCAGCCCUCUCACCUGCCUAUCCUACCAACACAACCCCUACGCGCCCUUCCCUCCGCCACGCAGCGUCCUCGAAUGGCGAGAUCCCCGGAACAUCCCCUCGGUCCGCCGCCUCCACCAUCAACCGACCGCGAUCCGGCUCGCUCGGGCUCCCGCAGCAUGCCCUCGGCUCAGCAUUCGGGAAUUCUCCAUUUUCCAAAUCGUGGCUUGCCAAUCCGGGCCCGGCUCGCUCUCCGCUCGGUCAACCUGGAGGAGCCGGGACGGGCGCCGACGAGAAUGAAGAUCCCAUGUCUGCUUACUCGCCUUCCGACACGGCCGCUACUCUGUCCGGCCACCUCAACUUCUCCACCCUCGACUACCUGGGACUCGCGGAGGGCAAUGAUGGGCAGAACCAGCUCGCACCCGCGAGUAUGGCGGGAGUGCGUACGGCUGCUCAGAAAGCUAUUGCGCAGAAUGGACCGGCGAGUCGAUUGCGCGCAAGCACAGUCUCGAACUUUGCGCGGCCGCUUAGGCAGUCGGUGACGGAUCAGAAUCAGGAGAUCUACGGUGGCGCUGGAGGAGGUGCGGGAUAUGGACAGGGGCAGGGGCAGGGGCAGGGGCAGGGUCAGGGGCAGGACGAGUAUGGGUCGUCACUGGCCGGCGCGAUGGAGACUCUGGCAAUGUACGAUCCUAGCUCUCAUACGGGGAGCGGGCUGGACGGGCCGUACGGCCUCAAAGACGCCUACAGGCCUCGGGCUAUAACGGUCGGCACCCUUGAUAAUCCACGUCGGCCAACUCGGGGCGGAUACCUCCAGUCUAUCCCCCAAUCGCCGAUGGGCGGGGCGCACCUCGUCAACCCCAUGAUCUACAACAGCAUCUAUGGUUCUGGGGGAAGCGGUGGUGGCGGUGGUUAUCCCCAGUAUCCCCAGACCCGAUCCCGAGAUGGUUCGAUCGGCGCCGGCGGACGCGGACCUCGCAUGAGCGCCAGCUCGCACACGUCCCGAACGGGCACGCCGGACUUUGAUCGGAUUAUGGGGAUGGGCGGAGGGGGAGGAAUGGGCAUGAACCCGCAAGUCCCAACGAGGAGUUUGUGGAUUGGGAAUUUAGAUGUGGACGCGACGAGCGAUACGCUGUUGAUGGUGUUUGCGCAGUAUGGACCUAUUGAAAGCGUGCGGAUGUUGCCGGAGAAGACUUGCGCUUUCGUCAAUUAUCUGGACAAGGUCGAUGCCGUUCGAGCUCGAGACGACGUCCUCAAUCGUCUCGGCGGGCAUAUUACCUCCCUCUCCGAGACUGCGCCCGUUCGGAUCGGGUUUGGCAAGAUCGAUUCCGCCCCUGUCGGUCUCAAUACCAGUACCGUCGCUGCUCCGCCACCUGGACUCGUCUUUCCAAUCGCUGCUCCGUCCCCAGCUCCGGUAAUGCCGACCGGUAAUAUCGCUGCUGCCGCCGCUGCUGGCGCCUCCAGCAUUGCGCCUCUGGCCCCGCUCUCGCCAGAACCGGGGGAUGAGCAGAGCUCGAUGCCUACUCGUGCGCUUUGGAUCGGGAGCAUUCCCGCUCCGACUAGCUCGGCGACGCUUCUUCAGAUCUUCUCGCCGUUCGGUCCGGUCGAGUCUGCGCGGGUGUUAAUGCACAAGUGCUGCGGGUUCAUCAACUUUGAGAGACUCGAUUCUGCCGUUUCCGCCCGGAACGCGCUGAAUGGGCGAAACAUCCUCGGUUCCGACGUUGGACCCAUCCGGAUCGGCUACGCCCGAGUCCCAACCAAGACGCCCAUCAUCGGCGGUCCAGAAGUCGACCCCGACCUCGCUCGAUCGCCCGAACGGUUCGGCGAGGCCCUCGGCUCCAUCCAAGGCGCAGCCGCCGUUCCUACGCAACAACAGCUCUCGCCCUCCGGCGGUGGCGUCGAAAAUUAUCGGUCCCCGCUCGUCAUCGACCUGAUCAAGGCGGGGGUGCACGAGCAAGUGCUCCAGCAAGGCCUGGCGAGCGACGGGGUGGUCAGCGAGGAGCAAAUGAUCAUGCAGGUGCUAAGUGCUGGUCAGCCCGGUACGGCAUCGGCGGAAGAUGUGCGCGCGGCGGCAGAGGCGAAUAGGCCGGUGGGGAUGUAUUACUCGUCCAUCCCGCCGAUGGGCGAUCAGAGUACGGGGCAGCCGUUCAAGCGGUUCGAUGUGCUCAGGUUGAAGGAUCAGAGGAAGAGGUUGGAAUCAGGAAUGAUGAGUCAGGGGGAGGUGGAUGAGAUGGCGUUGGAAUUGAUUGAGGAUACCGCCGAGCUCGCAGCGGAUCAUAUCGGCAAUACGGUCAUUCAAAAGCUCUUCGAGCGCGUCUCAUACCCUAUCCGCCUAUCCAUGCUCGAACGCGCAGCCCCCCAUCUCGCCAUGAUCGGCGUACACAAGAAUGGAACGUGGGCCGCCCAGAAAAUUAUCGAAUGCUCCGUGACCGACCCCGAGCGAUCAAUGAUUGCCGCCAACCUCCGCCCGUUCGCCCCGCCCCUCAUGUGCGAUUCGCUCGGUAAUUACGUCUGCGCGGGGACGCUGCGGUUCGGCGCGCCGCAUAGCGAUUAUGUGUUUGAUGCGAUGGCGGAUCGGAUGUGGGAUAUUGCGCAGAAUCGGUUCGGAGCGAGAUGUAUGAGGACCUGUUUGGAGAGCCCGCAUACGAGCUUGUAUCAGAAGAAACGUAUCUCGGGCGGGAUUAUCCUCAAUGCCAUUCCACUAUCGACCAACCCGAACGGCGCAUUGCUUUUGACUUGGCUAGUCGACCAGUCCAACUUGCCCGGAAGGUACGGGCUGCUCGCGAACCGGUUCGCUCCCCAUGUUGCCCAUUUGUGCACGCACAAGCUGGCCAGCUUGACUGUUCUGCGCAUCAUCUCCCAAGCGUCCGAACCCUCCGCCUCCGCCUCUCUCCUCUCUGCAAUCUUCACCUCCCCCUCCGACUCGACCCUCAUCGAGAUCCUCAGCGACGCCAACAACGGCGCCCAAAUCAUCGGCAAAGUCCUCGCGACAUCGAAUAUUCCGCCGGACGAGAAGGAGAAGAUGGUCGAAGCGGUUCGCCGAGUCCUUCCCGGCGUCAAGGCUAGCAAUACGCCGCCGUAUCGGUUAUUAUUGGAGGCGGUGGGAUUGCCCGUUCCCGCCAGCGCGGCGUCGCCUUACUCUGCGCGAGGUCAGGGCGGGGCGGGUGGAUGGCAGGGCCAAGGGCAGGGUCAGGGAGGCUACGGAGGGAGUCCGUACGGACGGAAUGGAGGCUCGCCUGGACCGGGGAUGUACCAAGGCAUGAAUGGGCAUGGGGGCGGAGGUGGGCUUGCGCCCCUCUCGGUCCCGCAUGCAAGUCCGGGGAUGAAUGGGGGAAACUCGCCCAGGACACCGGUGCCGAGUUAUCGGGGCCGGCUGAGCCCCGCGAGUCAGAUGAUGUCACCUGGAUCGGAUCCAUUUAAUCCUUUCGCCUCACCCAGUAUCGACGUCCCAUACCUCGCCUCUCACGGCCAACUGCGCUUGACGAAUGGGAUGCCGCCGAUGCAGUUUGAGCAACAGCCGAGUUUUGGGGGAUUGGGGAUUAUGGGGCCGCAGAUGCAGCCAGGGCCAUUGUAUUAUCAGCAGAGCAUGGUGAGCUCUUCUUGGCGACUCAGGGUUGGCGCUGGCUGA